AUGAGACUUUUUGCCACUCUAGCAUAUCCACUGCGUCAGUACCCUGUACACUGGGCCCUGCCGUCUCAGACGUCGGACGGUAUGGCGACCGGUGAGAGGCGAUCAAAUCUCAGGUUGCUCAGGACGUCAUUGAUUCUGGACCAAGGCGACACACACACGACUCGCCAUGGAGACUGUCUCAGACUGUGUACUUACAACGUGAGAACAGUGCCCACAGACGCUGACCUGCAUGCCCUUCUCGGAGCUGCAGAGGGUAUCAAAUUUCAAGUGAUUGCUCUGCAGGAGACCAAGUGCAGAAGGAGCGACGUACGACAGAUGAAUGACGGCGGUGUUGGUUUUGUUGUGCACCCAUCUGUCAUCCAUCUUGUUGUCGAUUUUCAUGAAAUCCUGUCACCUCGUCUGGCCAUCCUUCGCCUCCGCCCUCUGCGCCAAAAACCCAUCAGUAUCAUCAACUGCUACUCACUAACAUCAGCAGCUGAUGAUUCUGAAUUGGACGCGUUUUACGAGGAGCUGGAGGAAAUAGUCCGCAACGAGAAGUCCUUCUACAAGUUCGUUGUCGGAGACUUCAACGCAAAACUAGGAGAGGCCACAGAAGAGGAAUGCAGGAUUGGAAGAUUUGGACUAGGGACCGGAAUGAAAAUGGCAAUCGUCUCGCCGGGCUGUUGUCCUGGUUCUGAUCACCGUCUCCUUCGUGCGAAAAUACGGCUUAGCCACACGCUGGAAAAGGACGUCUACUAUCGGCAACGAAGGAGAAAAGAAGUCGUCUACGACGAUUGCGUACUCGAGGGCUCCUUGUCCCAGGGUGACUGGCACAUCGAGGAGGACCCAAACGUGGACUACGAGAUGCUGUUCAGAGGAUUACGUGCCUGUGCUGAACGUGCCUCGAAGCCGCGCACGACAAACCUGGACCGAAUCACGAAGACCACCAAGGAAUUGUUGGAAAGAAGGGCUUUGAGGCUUGAUCCGAAUGCAUCGCACAUUGAGCAGUUAGUGGCAAACACUAGCUGCAGAAAAGCGUUGCAGGAGGAUCUUUUGAAGUACAGGCAGAAGAAGAUUCUGGAAGCAGCACAAAGAGGAACGAGUCUAAAGAAGUGCCGUAGGGAUCUCCGCGAAUAUAAUAUUCCGCUAGCAAUCUUGCUGAGAGAAGACGGGACUCGCACGUCUUCUUGUCGUGAGAUGAAAAUUAUUACGGAGAGGUUCUACUCGGACUUUUCCCGUUUAUCAACUCCUGUGUCAAGCCCGGUCAUCCCCACUGGUGAAGCUCCAUCACGGAUUCUCCCUUCGGAAGUACGAGUCACUAUCAAGAGCAUGGAGCCUGGCACAGCCCCCGGACCUGAUUUUAUAUCAGCAGACUUUCUUCGGGCUGGUGGUCAUCCGCUUCAUGUAAUCUUAGCAGCGCACACGACAUCCUGCCUUCAGAAAGAAACGAUCCCAGACUAG